CUGUAUGAUCUGUGUGGAGUCAUUUCAAACUCUGUUGUUCACAUGCACACAUACUUGAUCUAAUGGCAUCUGUGUAUUUCUGUCUUUCUGUGCACUGUUCUCACACAUGAAGACAGGAAGAUAGAAGUGAUGGAGGGAGAAUCUGUCACUCUAAAGCCUGCUGCUGAAAUAAACAAAGAUGAUUUGAUACUGUGGCUGUUUGGAGAUGAAAAGCUGCUGACUGGCAUAGCCAUGUUCAAAAGAGAGACCGGAGAGAUCUCUACAUAUGCUCAUGUUGCCGGUGGGAUAUUCAAAGACAGACUGGAGCUGGACGAGACGACUGGAUCUCUGACCAUCAGAAACACCAGAACUGCACACUCUGGACUCUAUAAACUACAGAUCAUAUCCAGCAGUGGAGUUUUAGACCAGGCAUUUAUUGUCACUGUCAAAGAUAAAGUGGAGAAGAAAUUACUCAGUGAGAGAGAUUCUGUCACUCUAAACCCUGAUACUGAAAUACAGAGAGAUGAUCAGAUCCUGUGGACGUUUGGAGAUGAAGACAAUCUUAUUGCUCAAAUCAGCAGAGGGACUGUAGAGACAUAUGAUGAUGCUAAUGAGAGAUUUAAAGAUAGACUGAAGCUGGACAAGACGACUGGAUCACUGACCAUCACAAACAUCUCAUCUGAACACACUGGACUCUAUGAACUACAGAUCAUCAGCAGCAGCAGAGAGUAUUUAUACAAGAAAUUUAGGGUUUCGUUACAAUGUACUGCUGUUUCAGGUGACGUGAGGGAGAAAUCAUUGAGGAAGGAAAAGAAUAAUUCCACAGAAAAGCAAGUGAAUGAAUUAGCGACUGUAGUGAUGCCACUGUUGAAUGAAGAGGAUGAGGAUGUAGCAGAUGAUCAGGAGGAGACGAGUUCACUUUAAUAACAUAAGACCUGCCCACCAGUGUCAAACACUCUUAAAACAUCAACACAACACAAACAUGUUUCUGCUUUAUGAGCCUCUGAAAUCUGUCCAGUGAAAAUGAGAAAUGAAUCUGUGUGUUGAGUUGUUAAACUUGCAUGUAAAAAAGCUUCCUUGGUUUUAGAUGAACAUGUUGUCAAACACUUAUUUGAAUAAUGUAACACUUUAUACCAGUUAAUCUGUUUAGCAUAGUAUUACUUUGACUCUUAACAGUUUUGAUUUUGUAUGAUUGUAGACACCACAGCAGUGUUAACACCACAGACACUGUAACCAUUGUAUUUGCUUUUUUUUCAUAUAUAAUUAAUGUAAGGUCCAGCAGCCUGGGUGGAGGUGUUCUGCAUGUAUGUCUUUUCUGGUGCCUC